GUAGGUCUGUAAAUGGAACUGGAAUGUGAAGCUUUUCUGACAUAUGGGGAGGGAAUUCCAGUGCCUGGGUACACGAAACCAGAGGAGGUUGGACUUCUUGUAAAUGCUAGAAAGCGAAAGUGAAAUGUACUGAUGUUGACAAACAAGGCCAUGGGACUUUCCAGUGAAAGCAAGCCUGCUUCCCUUAGUCAGAACUCAUAGUCCGUCCUGUGUGUAUGAGACAGUAACUGAGAGAGAGACAGAGACAUAAACAAAGAAGAACACAAUGGAGGACGAGAAGAGCUAUGACCCCGGUGACAGGACACUCAAGUUUGUCAACAGACAGGAUGACAUUACUCUGGAUGAUGACCCUGACAGCUUGAAGGCAGAGAUGUCCUGUGGUCAUGCAGUCACCCCACAGUCACUGACCGGAUGGUGUAAAAGCCUACUUGCCGAUGGGCAGCACGAGUUCAUUUGUCCUGCACUCAAUGGCAACCAGAAGUGUGGUGCGGUUUGGUCUUAUCAGGAAGUGCGUAGGCUGGCUGCUCUGACUGCCCAGGAAAUACAAUAUUUUGAGGAGACCAUUGCCACCUUAACUUCCCCCAAAGUCAAAUCAUGCCCAGGCUGCAAGUCACUGUUAGUGAGAAUGAACACGUCCAACUUAAACGUCCAUUGCACAGUGUGCUCUGCAGACAAGGGCCAGACCUACCAGUUCUGCUGGCAGUGCCUGAACCAGUGGAAAGGUCGGGGGCCGCGCUCUGACCACUGUGACAAUACUGGCUGUUCCAACCAGAGGCUGCAGCUGCUGCAGAACUGUCCAACUGUCACCUUGCCCCAGGUACAUGGGGUCACUGCCUGUCCCUCCAUACGUGCCUGUCCCACCUGUGGCGUACUAUUAGAGCAUGACAAGGCCGCUUGUAAGAAUUUAUUCUGCCCGCGUUGCAAGAAAGAGUUCUGUUUUGUGUGCCUUAAGCUCAAAUCUGAGUGCAUGAAGACCAGCUCACCAUACAAAGCCUGCUCUGCUGGUGUUGCCCCCAGGCAGACCUCCAUACCCACCUGGAGUGGUAAUUGAAGACUUUAUGCGUAUAUAUUCAUCACUUUCCCUCCUAUGAGCCAUCUGAUCCAAUUCACUUCUCACAAGAUAUGUUAAGAUAGCAAUACAGCAAUGUUCUGAUCUAAUGAGAUGGAUGUAGGAUUUUCUACAGCCUAGAAUCGAGGCCUUUCCCAGUCAUGAAGGACACAGCUAGGCCCCUCUUGGUUCUCAUUGGCAAAGAAUUAACUCAAUUUGGGGGUUCUAUGUCAGACUCUCCGAUACCACUUUUCCCAUCAUCUUAUACCCCAUAGGUUGUAAAUAAACCCUUUUUAAGCUGAUAUACCAUGUAUCAUUAUCAUAGGACUGUGAAACCCAUAGCUGAAUGUCUUCAGACUGAGCAUUUCUCACCAUUUAUUAAUACAAGGCUCCACUUUUUGUGUACAUUACACCAUUUCUGUCAUAAUGUGUUUUAUACAGGACUGUUUCAAAUUUUAUGAGGGUUGCCAGAUUGAAGAAAAAAGACAGAUGUAUUUUUUCUAUAUUUUUGGUAUCGAUGAAGGUAUUUGAUUGGGGAAUGGGGAUUCAUUUUUAUGAUGGGAAAUUAUACUAUACACCAUAAUACACACACACGCACACAAACACUGACACACAUAUACACACACUCUGUUUGUUACAGCCAACUCUUGACUUAUUUAUGAAUAAUUUUUUUAUCAAAUAUUUGUUUCUAGAUGUCAUGUAUUCAUUAUCUUUAACUGGUUAAAUGCAUUAUGAAGACAAUUGUGUAAUGUAGGCUCCACGAAAUAUGAAAUGCGUUAUGAAAAGAAUCGUGUCGGCCUACUGUUGCCUACACGAAAAAAGGUCUUUCUGACUACAAGUGCACCAGUAUCCCAAAGUUAAGUGAAAACAAGUAUAGUAAACAGUAUUGGCAUUAACAAACAAAAAAAACGAAGGCUACUAUUAUAUUAUCAUUAUUUCGGUGACAACCUGGUUGAUUUAACAAUAUUGGGUUGUUAACAUGUUUUAUUAUUUUUUAUUAAUGUGGGACACAAAAAAAGGGAGUGCAGAACACUAUUACCCAUCAUGCAUUGCUCUAAUAACUUUCAAAAUAUUGUUUUGAAGUUUUCAUACAGUGUGAAUGAUGUCCCACAAAAAUGUGUAUUUUCCUACAAAUUAAGUCGCACAAGAAUUUGUGUCGUUCCACACAAAUUAAGUUCACAAAAAUGCACAAAAACAUACAAAAUCUGCUGAAAUACGUUUUGUACCUAUUUGCACGAAUUGAGUGUGAGAUUGUGUUUCCAGAAAGCGACUGUCAAAGAACAUAGCCAAGAACUGCUGUUUUUAUGAGUGAGUUCAUGUUUAAGUUUUUAUUCAGCACUAUCAACACUGUUUUUAAUAAACAAUAUUACAAAACAUAAAA